AUGCCGGGCCACCCCGGGGUCGAUGGCAUUGCGGACUUUUCCACCAACGACGAGUUGUACAUGGGACUGGCGAUAAAAGACGGGAACGACGUUUUCAUCACGGGCGUAGCCGAAGACGGGACGUAUCCCUGGGGCCCAGACCGGAACCCCCAGUUUAUGCCCGGCGGCACCUAUCCCCUGGGAUGGACCCGCCGGUACGGCGACGGCAACGUCUUCGUUCUGCUACUGGGGCACGAUGGCCGGAGUUUUGAGACGCCCGAGUUCCAGAAGAUAGUCCUCAACGGGGUGGAAUGGGCUGCGGUGGGAGUGGCGGUCUAA